AUGACCCUGUCGGUAUCUCUGUACCAUCGCAGUGAAGAACCACUUCCGGUUACCAUGGCCGACGCUAUGUUGACGUGGAAUGUAUUCCGCAAGCGUGGAGCUCAGUGUCUGGUCCAGGCGAACUACCUGGCUCCCGGCCGGUACAAGGUCGAGGCGCUGCUCCUCUACUCCCUGGGGGAGUUUUACCAAAGCCAAGAUGCGCAGAUUGGGGUUUCGUACCUGCUUGGGAUGACGAUCAAAUUGGCCAUGCGCAUGGGCUACCACCGUGAUCCGCGCCACUACACGAACCUUACUGCCCUAGAAGGCGAAAUGCGACGUCGCCAGUGGUGCUUGCUCUGUCAGAUUGAUACUCUGAUUUCGUACCAAGUCGGACUUCCACGGACUAUCCAGCCUUGGCAGUACGACACGGAAUUGCCAUCCAACCUUAUGGACACCGACUUUGACGAGACGACCGCCCAACUCCCACCCCCUCGCCCGGAAGAGGAGCGGACGAUGUCUUCUUACACUCGAUGCAAAGGGCGCAUCAUGUUGGUCUUUGGACAAAUCACCGAUCUGGCAUAUUCUCGAGACCAUGUGGCAUACGAAGAAGCUCUCGAGAUCGAUCGCCGCUUGGAGGAGGCGCACGACAAGCUGCCACAGUUCUUCCGGAUGCAGCCCAUGGCCCAGUGCCUUGCAGAUCCCGUCGACCUGAUCAUGCGCCGAUACUCCUUGGAGCUGCUCUAUCAAAAGUCCCGCGUUGUGCUACACCGCCGAUACAUGGCCGAGGCCCCAGGCAACAAACGAUACUCGUACUCGCGAGGAGUCUGUGUCGCUGCCGCGACAGAAACCCUCCGACACCACGCGGAAAUCUGGAACGAGUCCAUGCCGGGCCGCCAGCUAAACUGUGAGCGGCAGUUUCUAAACUCCUUGCAAAACACCGACUUCCUCUUGUCUGCCAUGAUUCUGUGUCUGGAGCUCUCCCGGGACGGUGAGCGCGGUGACGACCGUACCUUGAACGAGCGUCAACGCACUGAUCUCUUAAUGCUUCUCGAGACCACACAUCGCAUCUUCAAGGAGUCGCGCCGGCAGUCCACUGAUACACAGCGCGCGUUUGCCGCCUUGACGAUCAUGCUGGACCGCGUCAAGAGGGGUGCUAAGGUCAGCAUUGUGCAAAAUAUGGCCGAGCAGCCGGUUAUGCCCAUGAGUGGUAGGUUUCUUUCCUUUCCUGUGUUGUAG